UGGCAGUUCCUGGCACUAUAAAAAGUCCAGUUCAGCAACACUAAUGUGUGCUGGGGUGCAAGUAUGUUUUUUGUGUUUUUGUAGUGGUGUUGCUGUGGUGGUUAUUUGUUGAUUCUAGACUGGACAUGGAGGGUUCCACUGUCCAACUCUUAAGGUUUUCUUUGGCACUUCUCAUUUUUUGUGUCCAUGGACAUAUUGGAAGUGUUGAUGGCUUUGUCAGGAUUGGAGGUUAUCCUGUAUACAAUGAGGCUGGUCUUCCCAUGCAGGAUGAUGUGAAACCACAGAGUUCCUAUAGCUGGUAUGGCCAUGAAGAUGUAUCAGAUCCCAUCAGUCCUCAAAGAUCUAAGAAUAUCACUUACAGUGCUGCACAAGUUAAGGGUGUGUAUAGCAGUGUAAGCUAUAAUCCUCAAAAUGGCUCUUCUGGUUUUGGACCAAUAACUAAUGUGUAUAAGCCUGGUUUUGACUCUGAUGCUAGAAGUCAAGUUCAAGGAUCUGUAAUGUCUUCAGCUGGUAGUGGCAGUCUUGUACCCAUUGCAGUGGCCAUGGAAUCAGAAAGUAUGAGCACUGAGUCUCUACCCAAGCCAGCACAGCUCAACUAUCAAACUUUAGGGCAGUCUAGUAAUGAGUCUGGGGCAUCUAGUAGCCAGCAACUAAUGCAGACCAGUUCCCAGUCCAGUGGCCAAUUAGUGCAAGUCCGCUACCAGUCUUCGGUGCAGCCCAUUGUCAAGCCUCUAAAAAGUAGACUUCAAGUUGGUUCCAAGUUAUUUUCUGGUACCAGGCCAGUGCAGACAUCAAGUUCCACCUUUUUUGUAAAGCCCUUGCAACAAAGACAUGAAUCUUCACAACCCAGCGAUCAGUUAGGACAAGGCAGCUAUGGGUCUGUACCAUUGCUCAGUGGGCAGCAACUAGUGCAGUCAAGCAAUGAUACCAUGGUUCAGCCUAACGGUGUGCAACUAGCACAGGCAAGAUACCAACCUGUGGCCCUGCUCAGCCUCCAACAAUCAUCUCAAGCCAGCAGCCAGAACUUGGAACAAGCUGUGUCUCAAUCUGUGGACCAGUCCAGUGGCUUGCCAUCAGCACAAGCCAGCCACCAGGCUGUGGACCAGUCCAGUGGUCUGCCAUCAGCACAAGCCAGCCACCAGGCUGUGGACCAGUCCAGUGGUCUGCCAUCAGCACAAGCCAGCCACCAGGCUGUGGACCAGUCCAGUGGUCUGCCAUCAGCACAAGCCUCUUACCAGUCUCUGCCCAGGCCCAGUGGCCCACAACCAGGACAGGCCAUCUACCAGUCUGUGGCCCAGCCCAGCAGGCUGCAGUCAGCACAAGCCAGCUACCCAUCUGUGGUCCAGCCCAGUGGCCUGCAGUUAGCACAAGCCAGCUACCCAUCUGUGGUCCAGCCCAGUGGCCUGCAAUCAGCACAAGCCAGCUACCCAUCUGUGGUCCAGCCCAGUGGCCUGCAGUCAGCACAAGCCAGCUACCCAUCUGUGGUCCAGCCCAGUGGCCUGCAGUCAGCACAAGCCAGCUACCCAUCUGUGGUCCAGCCCAGUGGCCUGCAGUCAGCACAAGCCAGCUACCCAUCUGUGGUCCAGCCCAGUGGCCUGCAGUCAGCACAAGCCAGCUACCCAUCUGUGGUCCAGCCCAGUGGCCUGCAGUCAGCACAAGCCAGCUACCCAUCUGUGGUCCAGCCCAGUGGCCUGCAGUCAGCACAAGCCAGCUACCCAUCUGUGGUCCAGCCCAGUGGCCUGCAAUCAGCACAAGCCUCUUACCAGUCUCUGCCCAGGCCCAGUGGCCCACAACCAGGACAGGCCCUCUACCAGUCUGUGUCCCAGCCCAGCAGGCUGCAGUCAGCACAAGCCAGCUACCCAUCUGUGGUCCAGCCCAGUGGCCUGCAAUCAGCACAAGCCUCUUACCAGUCUCUGCCCAGGCCCAGUGGCCCACAACCAGGACAGGCCCUCUACCAGUCUGUGUCCCAGCCCAGCAGGCUGCAGUCAGCACAAGCCAGCUACCCAUCUGUGGUCCAGCCCAGUGGCCUGCAGUUAGCACAAGCCAGCUACCCAUCUGUGGUCCAGCCCAGUGGCCUGCAAUCAGCACAAGCCAGCUACCCAUCUGUGGUCCAGCCCAGUGGCCUGCAGUCAGCACAAGCCAGCUACCCAUCUGUGGUCCAGCCCAGUGGCCUGCAGUCAGCACAAGCCAGCUACCCAUCUGUGGUCCAGCCCAGUGGCCUGCAAUCAGCACAAGCCUCUUACCAGUCUCUGCCCAGGCCCAGUGGCCCACAACCAGGACAGGCCCUCUACCAGUCUGUGUCCCAGCCCAGCAGGCUGCAGUCAGCACAAGCCAGCUACCCAUCUGUGGUCCAGCCCAGUGGCCUGCAGUCGGCACAAGCCAGCUACCCAUCUGUGGUCCAGCCCAGUGGCCUGCAGUCAGCACAAGCCAGCUACCCAUCUGUGGUCCAGCCCAUUGAUGGCUUUGUCAGGAUUGGAGGUUAUCCUGUAUACAAUGAGGCUGGUCUCCCCAUGCAGGAUGAUGUGAAACCAGAGUUCCUAUAG